AGCAUAUUAUUACCUGCCCAUUUCGACGUCAUAUUUCCACCAAAAAAAUCGUCGUUACGCACAUUUCUUCCAUCUAGAUUUCUUUUCAAGUUGUUUUCUCCGCGUCGUGGAAGAGAAGCUUUACUAAUCAUGACACUUAUGCAUUCAAGUACUGAACCUACUCUGCCUGCUGACAAUACCUCGAAUAAUAACAAUGAUCCUUUUGCCUUCGUUAUAGUAUCUCAUCCUUCAAGAGGGAAAGACGCAGUGCUCCAGAAGCAAGUCCGGCGACAUGUUGCAUAUCGCUGGCACGAGGAUGCGAGGAGGAGAAGCAGCAAAAUAGUCAAGCGUCAGCCGAGGGCAUUGGCACAAAAGGGCCAGGAGCCAGAUGAGAAUCAACAGCUCUGUACUGUUCAAGAUGUCGAAACAACGAACUCUGGAGCAGAAGAUUCCGCAGAGAUCACCACUUCUGAGACUGCCCUCACAUCUCCACGCACCGGGCCAGGCCUGGUAGGGCAUCUAGGAAGCGGACGAGGCGAUCCAUUCAACAGCUGUGCAAUACGAAUCAGCACUAUGGAAUCCUUCCUUCUUGACCACUACUUCCAAACCUUCGCCGCCAAAGUCUCAGCAAUCUACAGCUCCGCGGAGUCUGCGGAAGUACAACUAAGUGGUAUGCCCAGAGAAUGGGUUUCCUUCCUAAUCACCGAUACUGGCAUCCUUGCCGGCGUCUUCCUUCGAGCGUGUCGAACAUUAAGUGUUGUGACGAGCAAGCAAUACCUUGGUAAACUUGCGUUGAAGUAUCGGGCGAGGUGUAUUGAAGCGCUUUCUACGAAGAUUGCUUCUAUGUCGACGGCAUUGAGCAUUGAGGCUAUUGCUAUGAUGUUGAUGUUGACUACUGACGAGUUCUACAUGGGUUCAGCGACGAGUAUGAGGUAUCACGUGAAUGCUAUGCAGAGAGUCGUUAAGUUGAAAGGGGGACUUCAGGAUACAGCUUUAGAAGGAAUUAUCUUGCGACUUAUAGAGUGGAACGACCUACAAUGCACGCUACUAGCUCGCAAUGAGGGGCAGCCAAGGCGGUAUCCGGCGGUUGAUAUUCUGACUUCGGGAUUCCCGGUAUUUUCUUGAAGAUAUACAUGCAUUUCAUGUCAGACAUUCUUGUUGCCAUAUACUAUACUUAGCUCAUGGUCUCGGAUAUCCGCAGGUUUCAGUUUCAGAAAACCGUGGAAACUCAAAAGUUGGGUUUGGAACCAGAUUUUGAGCUGUAAAAUAGUGCAUACGUCAAGUCAGAAAUUCUCUACAGCCAGUUACAGAACCAGUCAUCGCGAAUGAAAGAUAGAAGGAAGAUGAAUCUUAAAACAA